AUGAAAUGGAAUAAAGAAGUGUUUGGUCGUGUUGAUGUGGAGAUUCAGAAACUAGGUGACCGGGUUCACUUGCUGGAAGAAGAGCUGGUAUGGACUGGUUUGGAGCAGACAGAAAUGGAGCUUUUGGAAGCUAAACAGUCACAUUUGCAGUGGAUAAACCGGGAAGAAAUGUUGGCAUGUCAAAAGUCACGGAUAAAAUGGCUUUUAGAAGGGGAUUCCAACUCAAAGUUUUUUCAUGCUGCUUUACGAGUUAAAAAUUCAAAGAAUAAAGUUGGAAAAAUGUUGUUGGAAGAUGGUAGAGUGCUGGACGAUAGUGAUCAGAUUCAUAUGGAAGCAGUAAACUAUUUUCAGCAGAUGUUUACAUGUUCCAGUGUUAAUACAGAGGACAGCAGUCCGGGUCCGGAUGGUUACUCGGCUUCUUUCUUUUCACUGGCUUGGGAUAUUGUGAAAGAGGACCUUGUGGAGAUGGCAAAGGAAUUUUUUGCAGGGCAACUUUUUUCAAAAUUUUUCAGAGCAACACAAUUGGUUUUACUACCUAAGGUGGAGGAGCCUGUUGGUUUUGGGCAAUUUAGGCCAAUUAGUCUUUGUUCUGUGGUGUAUAAGAUCAUGACAAAGAUUAUGGUAUAUCGUUUGGCUCCGGUACUUGGUAAAAUUAUUUCGAAGGAGCAAGCGGCGUUUAUUCCAGGAAGAAGUACUCUUGACAAUAUGGCUUUGGCACAGGAGUUGGUACAAGGAAUAAAUCGAAAGGUUCGAGGUGGGAACGUGAUGUUGAAGAUUGAUAUGGCAAAGGCGUAUGAUCGUGUUAACUGGAAAUUCCUUAUGGAAGUUUUACAUCGUUUGGGUUUUUCUGAGAAUUGGAGGAAUUUAGUACAUAAUGCUAUUUCUUCUCCUUGUUACUCGAUUAUGUUGAAUGGUGGCUCUAAAGGUUUCUUUCAGGCAUCACGGGGAAUAAGGCAAGGUGAUCCACUAUCACCAUAUUUGUUUAUUUUGUCUCAGGAAAUUCUUUCGCGCAUGGUGAAUCAACAAUUCAGGAUGGGUCGAAUCAAGUGUUAUCAUUCAGGUGGCGGAACACUUAUUUCGCAUCUUUUGUAUGCGGAUGAUGUUUUGGUUUUUGCCAAUGGAGGUAAGGUUGCUAUUAGAAGGAUUAUGGAAAUUUUACAUUGGUAUGAAGAGAUGUCGGGGCAAUUGAUGAGUCCUACUAAAUCAACGAUUUAUUUUUCUAAUUCUAUUGGUUUGGAUCGUAAAAGGGAUAUAAAGAGGUUAUUGGGUUUUGUAGAGGGGAGUUGGCCUUGUGGUUAUCUUGGAAUUUAUGACGGGAUAAGAAGCAUUUUCUCUGAUUUUCUUUGGGGUUCCUCUUCGGAGAUUAGAAAAAGAAAAUGGGUGUCGUGGAAUGUGAUUUGUAAGCCUGUGGAAGAAGGGGGGCUUGGUGUUAGAGACUUGAUGGAGGUGCAGGAAUAUUUAUUUAUGAAAUUUGGUUGGAAAUUGUUGAAGGGAGAUUCUCUUUGGGCCGAAUUUUUUAAGAAGAAAUAUAUUGGCCAAGAUCAUGUAUAUAAGGCUAUUCAAGUGCAAAAGGGGACAAGGUUUUGGAAAGGAGUAGCAGAAUUAAUGCCGAGAGUUAUUAAAAAUUCGAAAUGGUUGGUGGGUAAUGGGAAUGUGAAUUUUUGGAUGGAUAAUUGGGUUGGUUGUGGGCCUCUUCAUGAUUUUUGUCCAGUAAUAGGGAAUAUUGGCCUUAAGGUUGCAGAGGUCUUUGAUAACCGGGGUCCAAAACUUGAGGUUAUUGGUGAUCUGGUUCCGGAUGAAGUGAUGCAAUUAAUUAAAGAAGCUGGAAUAAAGUUGAAGACAAAUAAUUCGGAUGUGUUGAUAUGGAAGCAUACGGUGGAGGGGAAAUUUACAACGAAAUCAGCCUGGGAGUUAUCUAAAGAAAAGGGACAAAUCUAUGAAUGGAAGAAGUGGUUUUGGCAGCCUAAUGUUCAGAAAAAAAUGUCUUUUUUCUGCUGGAGGGCUAAAAGAGGGGCUGUGCCGACGGAUGAAAGAGGCCGGAAGUUCAAAAGGUAUGGAGAUACUUUGCAGAAAUCUGCAAUGUUCGGCUGCCUCAUAUCAGAAACUGGAAGGGUUUUACCAAUCAUUCCAACACGUAACAAGCAACUAAAGUAUAUCAAAUGGGAGAUGCCAGAGGUCGAAACUGUGAAGCUGAAUGUAGAUGGGGGUGCUCGAAAUAAUCCGGGAGAGGUUGGUGGAGGAGGUAUUAUUCGGGAUUCUAAGGGUAGAUGCAUUGCUGGUUUUGCUCAUAAUUAUGGUAUUGCUUCGAAUACGGUUGUUGAAUGUCGAGCAUUACUUGAUGGUUUUCAACUUUGCAAACAAUUAAAGCUUCAGAAUGUGUUAGUAGAAUCUGAUUCUUUGGUUGUUAUGGAUUGGGUUACAUCUGGAGUUUGUAGACUAUGGUUUUUAUGGGAGUAUUGGGGUGAGAUUCAGGGGAUUUCUAGGGAGAUAAGUGCGAGGUUUCGACAUAUUUUCCGGGAAGCGAAUAUGAUAGCGGAUGUUUUGGCAAAAGAGGGUGUACAGGGUGUGGUGUGUGAUUUUUUGGGUUUGGAUUUCGAGAAUAGUCGUCUUAGAGGCUUGAUCCGCAUGGAUCGGUUGGGGAUGGUUUCUAUUAGAGAGAUGUAA